GUUUGUCACAUUUAGCAGCGUUUGUUUAACGCGCUUUAAAAGCUGAACGAACGUUUUGUGCGUUACAUUUCGAAUCAUGAUCAUGUUAAACGUGUUGCUCGUUUUGUGCUCAAUCCAUCCCCUCGUGAAUGGAGUGGGUUUUCGCGGGUUCACUUAUAAAGGUCUGAAAGAGCCGGUAUCGUUUAAACUAAAUGCAGACAAAGAUGUAAUUGAGGGUUGGAUUAUUCAACCCCUUGAUCACUUCAACCACCGAAAUAAUCACACUUGGUCGAUGCGUUAUUACGAGAAUUCUGCGGUUCUGAAGAAAAAUGGUCCUAUUCUCAUCAUGAUCGGUGGAGAAUGGGAAAUAUCAAAAGGAUUUUUGCAAAGUGGAUUGAUGCACGAAAUUGCAACCACGUAUGGCGCCUUGAUGUAUUACACCGAGCAUCGAUUUUAUGGAAAGAGCAGACCAACAAAGGAUACCAGCACAGCAAAUUUGCAGUACUUGAACGUCGAUCAGGCACUCGCUGAUCUUGCUUAUUUCAUCGAAACGAAGAAGAAAGAGAAAAAUUUGGAAAAGAGUCCUGUUAUAGUAUUCGGAGGUUCUUACGCUGGAAAUAUGGCAGCAUGGGCACGGCUUAAAUAUCCUCAUCUUAUUCAAGGUGCUUUGGCCAGCAGUGCUCCAGUCCGUGCAAAGGCUGAUUUCUACGAAUACUAUGAGGUCGUGGCGAAAUCGCUCGGUAGAUACAGUGAAAAAUGCAUUGAAGAUGUAAAGACUGCAUUCGAAUCAGUAGAGGAAUUGUUGACUACGCAGGAUGGUGCUCAAAAACUUAAACUUUAUUUCAACUUUUGCGAUGUGCCUGAUGUAAAGUCCUCGAGUGAUCUUGGUUACUUAAUGAAUUUAUUAGCGGAGGUAUUCGCCGGAACCGUUCAGGGUGAUAGAGUGACUGAGAACGGCGAAACACAAAUCUCGAUGUUGUGCAAGAAUAUGACAGCAACGCAUUUAGGCAGUCCUUUGCAGAGACUUGCACAUGUCGUCUCAAACCAGAAUGAGUGUCUCGAUGUGAAGUAUAAUAAUUUCAUAAAACAAUACCGAGAGACUUCAUGGGAAUCGCCGGCAGCGAUUAGUAUCAUGAGGCAGUGGUAUCAUCAGACUUGCACGGAGUAUGGUUACUAUCAGACAACAAACUCGAAGAACUCAAUCUUUGGAACGCUGUUUCCGCUGAGCUAUUAUAUCAACUUGUGUACCGAUUUGUACGGCGAUUACAAUAACAAAAAAAUAUUAGAUUCACGCGUUAAACGGACGAAUAUAAUGUAUGGAGGGCAGCUACCAGAUUUGAGAAAUGUUAUUUUUACGAAUGGCGAUAUCGAUCCAUGGCAUGCGUUGUCGGUACUCAAAGACCUAAACACUUUCUCCCCUGCAAUUUUCAUUAAUGGAUCUUCGCAUUGCCGCGAUCUUUACAACGACGAACUCACGGACACGCCUGACUUGAAGAACGCGAGAGAAAAGAUUCGCGACAUAAUUAGAGAGUGGCUUUCGUCAUAAAUGUUUUUGUAGAAUUUUUUUGCAAACGUUUUUGUUUGCGAUUUCUGGGACGGGAAAAAAAUAAUGAGACUAUGCUUUUGUUUUUGAUGCAUUUAAUUGUGACGUGUUAGAAAAAUUAUGUACAAUAUUUGAUAUAUACGUAUAGUGCAUUUUCAAACAACUCAUAUCAAUUAAUACAUUAUCUACAUGAUACAAAAAUAAAAUUACAUCCUCUGAA